AUGGCCAUGGCUUUCUGGCUGCUUCUUGAGGAGAUUGGGUAUCAUGAUUUGACUAGAAAAAUCCAUUCAUUUGAUAAUGCCACCAUUGAGGCAGUAUUCAACGAAACAAUCUCCUGUUUGGAAUGCAUUCAACCAGAUGGAAAUAGAGAAGUACAACCAACUGAAGUUACUGAUUCUCCUGUCUUUGUUGGCCUCUUGGAUGAGCCCAUCAACAGAAGGUUCUUUCGUUACAAUUCUGAAUUCAUGUUUAGGCGGUUUACUCAUAUAAUGGAGACGGUUUGCGACAAGAUAUUCGGACAAAAUGCAGCCAUUGAGGUUGAUGAUCAAAUGAAUGUUAGGCCUGCGAUCAAGCCAUUUGGCGAGGGAUCAAGCCGGUGUAGCAACUUGGCGGGAAGAACACGAGCCGGACAUGGUCGCAAUUGGACAGUUAUGACGCCUUCUUCGGUGAGUUUUGGAGCAACCUUAAAUCCUAAUGCGAGUGAGUUUGUCCCGAGGCAGAUGAAUGCAGAUUCAAGAACCAUGUUCUUAACCUUCUCAAAGGGAUACUCUCUUACUCGUGAUGAAGUAUUCAGCUUCUUUACCUCGAAUUGGGGAGAUGUGGUUGAAGAUGUGGUGGUGGAACAAGCAGCCGGGGGAGACCCUCCUCUAUAUGGAAGAGUGAUAUUCAAGGAGCAUUCAAUCAUCAAUAUAAUUCUCAAUGGACAAUCUAAGGCAAAAUUCAUGGUGGGAAGAAAGCAUUUGUGGGCUCGAAUUUAUGUUCCCAGGCGUGGCUGA